AUGGCCGACGACUCCAUCUCCAUCUACGACGAGAUCGAAAUCGAAGACAUGACCUUCGACCCGGUUCUCCAGAUCUACCACUACCCGUGUCCGUGUGGCGACCGCUUCGAAAUCGCCAUUGAUGAUCUCCGUGACGGCGAGGAUAUUGGUGUUUGUCCCAGUUGUAGUUUGAUGAUUAGGGUGAUUUUUGAUGCGGCCGAUCUUCCCAAGGACGGUGAUGAUAAGAACGGGUCGGCGGCGGUUGCUGUUCAGGCCUAA